AUGUCGCUCCAGAAGAUCAAGCACCUUCUUCGCAACCCCUACACCCAAAACUUCAUCAUCGGCAUAGAGAUUGGUCUCACAGGAGGGCUCUAUGUGGCGCUGAAUCUACUCGGGGCCGCGGGUGGCAAGCCAGACUCAGCAUCCACCAUCAACACCGCCAACUCCGUUCUUUGUGCCUGUUAUGCGGUGUCGGCCUUUUUUGGGGGCACCGUCCUGAACAAACUCGGUCCUGCCAUCACUGCCUGUUUGGGCACCGUUGGCUACACUCUCUACAUCGGCAGUCUGUGGCAUUUUGAUCAAUAUGCAGUAGCAGCGUUCCCCAUUUUUGCAGCCGCGUGUCUUGGUAUCUCCAUGUCUUAUUCCGAAGAGAAUGAGCGUGGUAGCUUCGUGGCCGUCUCACUCAAUCUCCAAGCCGUCGGCUCUAUCAUCGGUGGAUUCAUUCCUUUGAUCAUCAAUCGCAACAAGGCUACCAGCGCCGGCGUGCCAGUGGUGGUGUACGCCGUUUUCAUCGCGAUGGAUAUCGUGGCGGCAGUAUUGGCCUUCACCCUUCAACCCCCGGGCAAGGUGAUUCGAAAAGACGGCACCAACAUUGCCGACCUUAAACCCCGUACAUUGAUGCAAGAGCUUGUCGGCAAUUUCGAGGCUCUCAAGGACUGGAAACUCUGGAUCAUGCUUCCCGCAUUCCUUCCUUCUCAGAGCUACCUUGUCUACGGCGGCUCGGUCAAUGUCUAUCUGAACAGCUUACGGGCACGAAGUCUCCUGUCAUUCUGCGCCGUCACUCUCCAAGUCUUCCUUGCCUGGGGUCUUCGUUGGCUGCUCGACUACCAGAAGUUCAGCCGACGAACCCGGGCUCUGGCCGGUCUGACCGUGGUUGGAGUACCUCUGAUGGCUGCCUGGAUCUGGGAAGUCAUCCGCGUGCGACAUUACGACCGGCACCGGCCUCCCACUGAUCCGACCGACUGGGACGAGGGCCGAUUUGCCCCGGUCUUCAUCUUGUUCAUGCUGAACUGGUGCGCCUCGGCGCUCUUCCAGUACGUCAUCAUGUACUUUUUAGGAUGCUUCACCAACAACCCUCGCAAGGCGGCCAACAAUGCGGGCAUCUUCCGAGCCUUCCUGGCCGUGGGUGAGGCCGUCUCAUUCGCCGUGGACAGUCGCAAGACCAAAUACGUCAUCGAAGCCGGCCUCAUCCUGGCCUUCUACGCCGUCGGUCUCUUACUUAUGGGCUAUCUGGCCGUGUUUCACAUCGGAGAGUCCAAAUACUUCCAAGAGGAGGAGGUCACCAUUCCAGAGCACGUCAAACUCGAGCACCAGCACCGGCUGGAAGCAACCGAGGGUGUUGACCCGGCCGACAAGAUUGAGAUUGGGUUUGAGAGCAAAAGCAAGAAAUCCGUUGAAGUUGGACCUUGA